UCGUAUUAUCGAUUUUGUUAGAAACUGUGUAUACAGCAGUUGAGUUGACAUCCAAAAAACAUGAUGGAAAGUCUGUGACUUAACAAACCUGUCAAAAGUAUAAAAAGGCAUGUCAUUGGUUAGAAAUUGUCGACAUUUUUUAAAGUUUGUAUCGUGGACAGUUUCAAGGAUUAAAGAUAUUACGAAACAUCAGUUUAUUAAAAUUUAUGAUGAUAGUGUACAGUUCUAUUGAAUCAAUACAAGUGUGCAGCGUCAACGGAAGUAAAUCAGCAAUUAUUUUAAGGUGGACUUCAAUAUGUAUGAUCUACUUAUGCUGCCACAAUGUAAAGGCAACAAUCACUGGGUUUUGCUGGUUGCAAGUGUUAUGUCCAGGACUGUAACCAUUUACGACUCGUUGGGUGGAAACAACAAGGCCUUGUUCGAUUUGUUCUGCCAGUUCAUGUGUCAACGAGCGCAGAUUGUGAAAGAUGGCUUGGAGAAAUUCAGUUCAGAGUUCAAAGCGCCACCUUGCAACAAACAGCGCCAUGGAAACAGCUGUGGAGUGUUUGCAUUGAUGACUGCCAAAUGUUUGGUCAUGAAAAAGCCUCCCACAAUGUUGCGACAGGCCCAUGAUUCAGUUUAUCGAGACUAGUCGUGAGACGCAGACUUCUGAUUCAUGGAGUGCGGCAAACAUAUCUGUGUGACUCGAUCACUCCACUGUAAAGACCGGCACGGCAUUAAAAUGGAUAUUAUCAAUAUGUUGUUGCUCGAAAAUAUGUUUUUGUAGCAGGAAGUGCUUAAGGCUCGAUUAAUCUGAGAACUCAACAAAAUAUUAAUAAAAUCCUUCUGUGCCUUUUAGUUCUGAAAACAGAAGUAGCCAGUUGGUAUUACACAUCUCCUAAACAAGUACAGCACAAUAAAACUUAAGGUUUUAUAAUCCUAAAUUUUUAUAACAUCUUUAUAUCCACACAAAAAUAUUGAUGAUUGUGGUGCUCAGAUUGCAAAACCACCUGUUUGGCAAAAAUAAUGCAGAUGGUUAGAUUAUGAUAAGUGCAAGAAAAAAAGAAUAACUCUGGAGAUAAUAAUUGAUAUGAUAAUCAUUGCUUGACAGAAUCACAACUGACCUAGAUAUUUAUUUAUGUAUUGGUGUAUUUUUCAAUGAGUGCCUUAAGAUUCCAAAAACAUAUUGACUUAAAAUAAAUAAUCCCGAUGGCGUAAAUGACUUAUCAUUUCAUGUUCAUGAACCGGUUUUAAAAUACUUUGUAGACUUAUCUGCCUGGCGGUGAGGACUUUUAGAACACCUGAUAAACUUCAACUUUAUUUUCCCUAGUUCAGUAACCGACUAAAGAUAUGCUAACAUAAUACUGAUGACUGAUGAGUCUGUUGAGUCUUAUAUAUUCAUUGCUACUUAAAAUAUUAAGUCUAUUUCAACGUUUAGACCAUUAAAAAAGCGAAUUCGUUAAAUUGAUAUCCCCCGCCA